AUGACAGUUUUACUUCUAGGUGUUAAUUUACCUGAUAAAAAGCUUUUUAGAAUUGCUCUAACUUAUUUCUAUGGAAUAGGACCUAAAACAGCACAACAAAUAUGUAGUAAAUUCUCAAUUCAUAAUUCAUGUAAAGUUUCUGAUCUAUCAGAAUCUCAAUUAAACACAAUUUCCUUAGAAUUAUCAAAUAUGACUUUAGAAAGUGAUUUACGUCGUAAAGUAAAAAAUAAUAUUUUACAUCAUAGAACAAUUGGUGAUUAUAAAGGUAAACGACAUGCUAUGGGUUAUCCCGUAAGAGGUCAGCGUACUAGAACUAAUGCGAAAACUGCUAGAAAAUUAAAUGGUAGAUGGUUGAGAAAAGAACAUUUUACCACUCUAACGGAUCCUACUGCAAACAUAUCAUCCAAUGUUUUUAUAAAACCAAAACUACCAUUAAUGUCACAUUUCAGGCCAUUCGAGAGUUUCUUUAGUAGUAAAUUCUUUGUUUAA